AUGGAUGCCGGAGAGCAUGAGUUUCCCUUCUUAGAGGAGGUUUAUACCCCUGCCGAACAGCCCAAAAUCGACUUUGUGUUUGUUCAUGGACUCAAUCCUCGCGGUCGGAACGAUCACCCCUUCGAAACAUGGACGCAUCAGAAUGGAACCUUCUGGCCUAGGGACCUCCUUCCUCGUGACAUUCCCCAGGCGCGGGUCUUUGUCUAUGGCUACAAUUCCAACAUCGCGAACCCCCAGGCUAUGUCCACGGCGAGUGUGAGGGACCAUGCGAACACUUUACUGAAUCUGUUGGAUAUGGAGAGGAGCCCGCAGUUGAAUGCUCGACUUCCUAAAAUCAUCUUUGUCGGGCAUAGUUUGGGUGGUUUGGUGAUCAAACAGGCACUACUCAACGCCCAAGAAGACCCCAAGUACACCUCCAUUCGAACCGGCACCUCCGGCCUCGUCUUCUUCGGCUGUCCUCAUCAUGGAACCAAGGGAGUCGAACUGGGUAAGAUCGCAGCCAAGGUCGCACAGUUCGUCUCCAAGGGCCAUGCCAGCAAUGACCUACUGGACUGUUUGCAGCAUAAUUCCCUGUUUACGAGACAGAUGAGCGCGCGCUUUUCGCACCAGCUGGAGGAUUACAAGGUCGUCAGCUUUAUCGAGGGAAAGGAGGUCAUCCUUGGAGGUGCUGGGCCCGCGUCUCUCAGUCACCUGGUUGUCGAUGAAGAGUCUGCCGUACUCGGCCUACCUGGGCAGCGCGAGACUCGCCUCAAGCUUGACGCAGACCACUCGCAGAUGUGCAAAGUCGGAACAGCCGGACCAAUGUACAAGCUCAUCAAAGGAAACAUCAAGCAAAUCGCCGACCAGGUCCUCGUCGCCGAGCAGGGAUAUAUUCCUCAACCGUCGGCAGCGUCGCGUCGGCCUCCCCCCGUUCCACCACGAAUGCAUCUCAACAGCAGUGCGCCUUAUCCACCCAGUCGCUCGCCUGCUCCGGCCCAACGAGUCGUGGGUACGCUAUUUGCGCCCUUGGACAAUGAUCCCCGGUCUGUGCAGGCUGCCGAGCAUAAGAACAAUUGGCAGUGGGAUAAGGCGCGAGAUCUUGAGUAUGCCGUUUUUCAGGACCAUCUGCGCACACUGGGUCCAGAUCAUCACAGCACACUUCAAGUUGGGUACAACCUGGCGGAGAUUGAUCUGCGUUCCGAGUACUUGAGCAAGGCGGCCGAAUGGUGCGAGUGGGUGUCGAACAACAGUGCGCGCAUAUUCGACAGGCGACACCCGCUCACGAUGAAGGCUGAAAGUCUCAUGGGCGAGAUUCUCUGCCAUCAGGGAAAGAACCAAGAAGGCGAGUCUGUCUGUGCCAACGUCCUGGCUAAGCAACAAAUGACCAUUGGCGAGGAGGACCUCGACACCCUAGAGACCCGUCGUCGACUGGCAGUCGCCUAUGCCUGUCUCGGUCGCAAAGAAGAGGGUGUGUCCGCGGCUGAAAAGCGAACCGCCAGCCUGCAGAGUCUCCUGGGCGAGAACCAUAUCCAAGUCUUUGCAUCAGUGCUCUGCACGGCCGAGCUGGUUGUCUCAAACUACGCCCAGAGCGACAGGGAGAGACUCGCCGCUCGAUUCAACCCGCAGACGCAGGAGACAGUCAAGGGCAUUGCGAAGAUCUUUCGCGAGAUAAAUAGCAUUCUCGGGCCUCGCCACCCGCUGACUAUCUGGGGACUACGGAUUCUUGGGGCCAGCCAGAUGAACGCGAAUAACAGCAUCACCGAGCCAUCGGAAACCCUCCGCCGCGCUCUGGCCAGCGCGGAGGAGUAUCUUGGGCAUGACCACCCCGAGACCCUCAAUAUUGUUGCGCUCAUGGGAACUAUGUAUGUGAUGCAGGGAAGUCUCGGUAUGUUUUCGUACAGUUCCAAUGGCAGCAAUGUAGAUAUGGCGGUCCCCUGGCUCCGGCGAUAUCUUGACUGGGCCGAGCACCGCCUUGGUCCGAGCAACCCGGAUAUACAUGCGACUCUCGGCCUGCUAGGGAACAUGUACUUCUCCAGCCAGCGGUAUCUUGAGGCACAGCAGUAUUAUGACAAGCUGGUAAGUGUGUGUGAGCAAACAAACACCGAGCUGCCGCAGGAUGUCCUCAACAACAUUCAGUUAUGCCAGUUGAACACACAGUAUUUGAUGCCAAAAAGAGGCGCAGGACUGCAGGGUUUGUUGAAGUCAUUUCAGCGAUGA